AUGGAUCACGUCUACUACACGUCGAAAAUCAUCGGGCCCGGCGACGCGGGGGCCGCAGACGCGUGGGUCAACACGGAGCUGGCCAACAAGGACGAGUGGAAGACCUCCGGCUUCCUGUCCGCCGCGCGCUGCCGAGCUGAGAGAGUGAAUCUUUCCUUUGAUUUUCCGUUCUACGGUCACACGUUGAAGGAAGUCACCGUGGCAACCGGAGGCUUCAUUUCCACCGGCGAGCUCAUCCACCGCUUGCUCACGGCCACCCAGUACGUCGCGCCGCUCAUGGCCGACUUCGACCCCGCCCUCUCCGGCGACGCCUCCGUCUUUUACUUUGAUAACGGUUCCGCCCUGGUGGUGCAGUGGACGCGCCUCCACCUGCAGGACAAGCCCCAAUCGGGCGCGUUCACCUUCCAAGCUGCUCUGCACAGCGACGGCCGCAUCGUCUUCGCCUACAGAGAGAUUCCUGUUGACAUCAGAGACAUCAGCAGUGAGAAUCACCCGGUCAAAGUGGGCCUGUCGGACGCUUUCGUGGUGCUUCACAAGAUCCAGCAGAUCCCGAAUUUGCGACGGAGAACCAUUUAUGAGUACCACAAGGUGGAAAUUCUCAAGUCCAAAAUCUGCAACGGCACCACGAUAGAGAUGCUCCCUCUCCCAACGUGCCUGCAGUUCUCCAGCUGUGCUCCGUGUGUCACUUCUCAGAUUGGCUUCAACUGCAGCUGGUGCUCCCGCUUGCAGAGAUGCUCCAGCGGCUUUGACCGGAACCGCCAGGACUGGGUGGACCACGGAUGCCAGGACAAGAGACGAGAUCUCCGUUGCCUGAGAGUCCUCGACAUCACAGACACAUCAUCGCGCCGGCUCACGCCGGGGCCCACCGCCGUCGUGGCGUCGGCGGCGACGUCGGCGCAGCGGAAGACCUCCGGCCCGACCGCCGUCCCUCUUGGCAAAACCUCCCCUGCCGCAAACCAGCCGCCGGGGAGCGGCGGGAAGGACGCGUCCGGCCCUUCUUCCUCCACCGGCCCGCCUGCAGCGGGCGGCGAGGACGAGGACACGGGCCAAAGGGAGCAGGCGGGUCUACUGGCGGGCGUGGUCGUGGUCUCGGUCGUCAUGGUGACGGGCAUCCUGGUGUCCGUCUACGUGUACAAUCACCCCACGUCGACCGCCAGCCUCUUCUUCAUGGAGCGGCGACCGGCCCGUUGGCCCACCAUGAAGUUCCGCCGCGGCUCAGGCCACCCUUCUUACGCCGAGGUGGAGCCCCCGGGCGUGGACGGAGACGGCGCGGCGGUCAUCGACCCCAAGCAGUCGUUCGUCAUGGCCAUCAGACGAGAGAGCGAGCAGAAGGAGGGCUUCAUCGUGCCUGACCCGAGGGAACGCUUCCUCUGCUCCGGGACCUCUUAACCUGGACUACCACUCCCAGAAUGCUUUGGGAUGAAAGCUCUUUCUUACAUUCAAUACCUCUGUGAGGAAACAUGAGUAUUUUUUUGAUGCAGACUUUGCCUUUGCCAGUGGACUGCUUUAAUGUGAUUUGCAAAGACAAAUACAGACUGACUUUCUGGCCAAGAUCGCUGUUAUGUGUCAGCGUUCUCUCCCGGAGAAACUUCUUUCCGAUGAUGGAAUGUCUUCACCCAGCGGUGUCAUUUCCUCUUUUCCAAAAUACAAACAAAAUUCCUCACGUUGUCCGCCUUCCAUGUGCAAGGUUCAAAAGGUCUUCGCUGCCAUUCAUCUUCAAGCAUGCCUUUAUUUUCAACUGAUUACUGUAUUCCACUUUACAGUUAUGUACACUAAUAUGACAUAUCGACAUGGGGGAGUAAAAAUAUGCAUUGCUUU